AUGAAUGUUUCAGUAAUUUAUGGUCAUCGAUACGCGUCGUUAUUUCUCAAAAUACAACCGUUGCCAACACCGUUGUUUUACGGCAACCGUGCCAGGAGUGCCGACCAGUGCCGACAUCUGGCUGGCUUACAAUACUUCGAGGUCAAUGAACCGGCUCGCGCUGAUAAGGACGUACCUGUCCUAUUGUCACGCGAUAUUCCUGUCUCGGUCGCACCACUAACUGUACAUCGGUGCGAGGCGAGUUCUCCAGUGAACAACGGGUCGCAAGUGGAGGCCCUCACCGUGGUUUCGAAAAAUGUAGCCAAUUGUGCUAAAACCACUGCGCCUGCGCGUGUGCACUCCGAGCCUACGCCGAUUAACGAAAACAGUGCGAAUGAAAAACAUGAAACAACAAUGAGCUCGAGACGUAAAAGGUUUUCCGAUGUGGUGCGCGAGGGUGGUCAAUGGAAACCAGAAGCACCAAAGGAUGAAUGGAUUCUUUUGCAAAGAAGACGGCUGAGAAAUCGUUUUAUGGCGAAAAAAGGAAAAGCAGAUCUAGAGUUGGAUUGCGGUUUCAAGGCGGCGGAUGUUAAAAUUCCGUUUUACUUUUAUAAUGUUGACAAAUGGCUCAAUUGA